AUCAUAUUGGUUCCAAUUCUUAUUUAGCUGCUCAACAAAAAAGAGAUGGCUUUUGCUGUUGCUUAUUCACUAUUUAAUACAAUAAACCACAUCCUGAAUCACGACGAAUUCCCCAUUUCUGUUUAUGGAAAACAACAGAUUGGCAGGCUCCAAGAAAAAGUAGCUUCCCUGCUUGAUUUUCUUGAAGAUUUUAAGGAGGAAGGCAGCAGGUUGGAAAGAAGAAUUAGGGAUGCAGCGAAUGAAGCAGAAGAUGUUAUCGAGCAUUGGAUGCACGAGCAUAUCCGAUCAACUGCUGCUGGACUUGCCACCGAUGUUGAAUAUGAUUUAGGCGAGCUGAAUAUGGCGAUGCAGGAAAUUAACUCCAUUGCUGAAGAGGUGGAGGAGCUCAUCCAACCAAACAGAGAGAAGCUGCAGUCGUCUCCAACGCCCACACCAGCUGUUGAGAGGAUGCUUCAGUCAUCUCCAACACCCACACCAGCUGCUGUUGGUCUGGAGAAGCAGGUCGACCUAUUAAGAGUUUGGCUCUUAGAUUACCCAGCCAUUUCAAUCUCGGGGAUGGGUGGUAUUGGAAAGACAACUCUGGCCAGAGCUGUUUUCGAAGAUGAACAAGUUGUCAACUACUUUCAUGUUCGUGUCUGGAUCACUGUGUCCCAGAACUAUCAAAUCGAAAGUGUGUUUGAAGAGCUUUUAUUUUCCUUGGAGAAACAAGUUGAAAAGGGACUUGUGAAUGAAUGUGACACAACGGAACACAAAUUAAGCCAAAUCUUGAUGAACAACACGUACCUCAUUGUGCUGGAUGAUCUAUGGAGUCGUGAAGCUUUGAGAGACAUAACCAAGGUAAUUCCCAUUGCAGAAAAUGGGAGCCGGAUUAUGAUAACCUCAAGGGAAGAGGGUAUGGUUUCUUAUGACAGUGCUACAGAACACAAGAUGGGUCUGAUGGAUGAGCGUGUAAGUUGGUGUCUGCUGAAGCAAAAGGUGUUUGGUAGCAGAGAAUGUCCAUCUGAGUUGGAGAAGAUUGGAAAGGAUAUUGCAAAAGCUUGUAAGGGGAUUCCCCUUGCGAUUGUUGUAGCUGCUCGUAUAUUGUCUCAAACAAAUCAGACUCAAUCCUCAUGGAAGGAACUUGCUCCAAACAUGCGUUCACUUAUCGUGGAAGACGCACACUUCCAAUCUAUAAUAUACUUAAGUUAUGCCGAUUUGCUUCAUCCUUUUAGGUCUUGUUUCUUAUACAUGUGUGGCUUCCAUGACAAUUAUGAAAUUCGAGCCUCCAUGCUUGUCAAGUUAUGGAUGGCUGAAGGAUUUGCUGGAGAUCAAUCGGAUGCUGAAUUUUGUGUGAGGGAGAUCGUGAGAAAAAAUCUAGCUUCUAGCACGGCCAUGAAGGGCAAUGGCAGAAUCAAAAGUUGCAUUGUCCAUGAUUUGGUACGUGACGUGUUCAAAAUAAAGGCGAUAGAUGAGAAUUAUGAGCGACGGUUCAGUAACUCUCAUCUUGAUCUGAGGGAGGUUGCAAGAGCGUACGCUUCAACCAUGCGUUCCAUUAUAAGCUUCCAACGCAAUGAAAGCUCACUACGCGGUCUGCGCAAGUUCAAAUUGCUGAGGGUGUUGGAUGUGGUGGAUACAGAUGCAUAUGCACUCCCUGCAUAUGUGUUCGACCUCUUUCACUUGAGGUACCUUGCUUUCGGAUGUCCAAUGGAGGUUCCAUCAGCCAUAUCCAGACUUGAGAAUCUCCGAUCAUUGAUCAUCCGUCCUAGAAAGAAAUCAAAGAAAUACAAAUACUCAAGGGAUGAGGUAUAUCUACCAUUAGAGAUGUGGAUGAUGCCACUCUUGACGCAUCUUGUAUCCUUCUUCGAUCUCUUGCCAGAUCCAGAGGGAGCAGCUUCUCCUCUGCAGACGCUGGUCACACUGUCUGUGGUAAAGAAGCUGAUAUGUACAGAAGAGAUGAUGAGAUUGAUUUGCAAUGUGAAAAAGCUGUCAAUCACAUAUUUUGGAGAGAGAUAUCAACAAGACUAUCAGCUUCAGAAUCUUGCUCUUCUGUCUCGACUUGAGAAGCUGACACUAGUUGUGAAGGAAGGUUCUCUUCUUCAGCUGAAAGCUAAGCCUGUUUUCCCAGAGGGAUUGACAAAGUUAACAUUGGGUGGUUGGCGAUUUCCUUGGGAAGAUAUGAAAGCUAUUGCAGCGCUGAGCGAGCUCCAAGUGCUCAAAUUGAGAGAUCACGCCUUUCAAGGACAUACGUGGAACACUAAUGAAGAGUGUGAUGAAGAAGUGUAUGAUAAAUAUGAUGGUUUCGUGGAUAAAGGGAAAGUGUUUGUUAGUCUGGGGUAUUUGCUAAUUGAGGAAUGUGAUAUAGAGAAGUGGGAUACUAAGGAACGCCACUUUCCAAGACUGAGGCACCUAGUGCUCAAAGGUUGUCCGAAGCUGAAUGAGAUUCCAAGUGGCAUUGUAUGCAUGUUGAAACUUGAACUAAUAGAGGUUGAUCGUGCAAACGUAUCUCUUCUUAAGUGUGUCCAAGAGAACCAGAAGACACGUAGCAUAUCUGGCAGAGAGCUUAAAGUUGGAGAACUAUAAGAUCCCAAAAUCAUAAACACAAGGUUGCAAGGGACUGGAGAAGCAUCAUCCUUUGAAUCCUUGUUUCUAUUUCUGUAUCUUCUCUCACAUUUGUGAUACUCCAUAUGUAUUUAUUCAGUGUUGGGCCACCUUUUAUUUUAAGGAUAAAAAGGAGAUAUGUUAGUAA